AUCUCUCAUCGCUUCGCUUUUACAUCGUCAUUAUCUGUGAUCGGAUCGCGCCGCUGCAGCAUUACAUCAUUGCUGAGGUCUCUAAACAAAAGCGUCACGAUUACAAAAGACGAAAUCACAUGGAAAACAAAGAUUUGAUUAGCCAAUUAUUGCCGGACCACGUACUGCAUGAGAUACUCCUAAAACUUGCGACGAAAGAUUCUGUUAAAACCAGUAUCUUGUCCACGAGAUGGAGAUAUAUUUGGCAACGUGUUCCUGGAUUGGACCUUAACCAAACUAACUUCAGAUACAAGGGGUUAAAGGGUUUUGUCAACAGGUUUCUAGAUUUGGAUAAGAAAUCACUCAUAUACCAAUUGAAGUUGGAAUUUGACGGCAGGAAGUAUGAGACUGAAGGAUCCCUUUUCAACAAGUGGGUCGACUCAGUGGUUACCCGUGGAGUUCAGCAUCUUGUGAACAAUUAUUGUCCCAUAAAACUUCCGGGAAGCAUUUCUAUGUGUGAAACAUUGGUACACUUGAAGCUGGUCGAGGUAGGCAUUGAUAGUUUUGACUCCGUUUCUCUACCUCGUCUUGAGACUAUGCAUUUACUAUCGGUUUGGUUUUCGAGCGAAGCGGCUCUAGAGAGGCUUAUCUCAUCCUCCCCAGUUCUUCAAGUUUUGUACAUUGAAAAAGUUUGGAAUGUGGAAGUUAUACGAGUGCGGUCUCAGACACUAUAUAGCUUGAGAAUGCGUAUUUGGAAAAGAGAUUUAGAUUGGAACAAAGAUUUAACAAAAAUUGGGCUAGUGAUUGAUGCUCCUAGGCUUAAGUCUCUGAAUCUUCAAAUCCACCGGUUUAAAGACCUUGUGCUGAAUAGUGUAUGUUCUCCGCUCAAAGUGGAUAUUAGUAUCUCUAAAGGAGAGUUUAAUCCUAUUAACUCAUUGACGAUGAAAACAUUGCGUACAUUUAUUGCUUGGAUAUCAAAUGUCACAAAUCUUGCACUCAAUUACUGUUGUCUAGAGGCUAUGUAUGCUUACUCUAGCUCGGAACCAUUGCCUCAGUUCUCUAACUUAACCCAUUUGGAAGUUUCGAUGGACUCCUCUUGUUUAAAGUUGUUACCAACGUUUCUCGCAAGCUGUCCAAACCUAAAAUCUCUAGAGUUGUGGGUUCACGAUCAUCGUCUAGAUAUAUUGGAUAUCUCAAGAUCAACUAUGCCUAAGUGUCUGCUAAUAUCGCUCAAGUUUGUUACGAUAUACAGCACAGCUAUGAUAUCCAGCUCGGUUGAGAAUCAGGUCGAAACCGAGCUUGUCAAAUACAUCCUGGGGAAUGCAGCAGUUGUCAAGGAGCUUACUCUUCGAUUCAUUUUAUGGGCAGAAGAACACAGGUUUCAACUUAGCAAGCAAAUCCUUGCGUUUCCAAAGCUUUCUUCUGCUUGUCAAGUCUUUCUUCAUUCGUCGUUUUUUUGA